AUGCUUGCGAUUCGCGCUUCAAUGAUGUGGUGGUAGCAGUACGUGCGCAUAGUACCUGAUGAUAAUAGUUAAGAAUAUUAUCAUGACUACUGUUAAUUAUAAAACAAUGAAGUAUUUGCUAUAUAUUUUUUUAGUUAUUUAUUUUAAUUUUCAUUUUACGCAAGCGGAGAAUAAUCAACGUUAUGAUGACAAAUUACAAAUUACAGCAACUUCAAUGAAAAUGGAUGACUUAACAUCAACACAACCUCAAGCCUCGCUUGGGCUUCUACAUGCUUUUGUAGCUUCCUUAUCAGUCAUCGUUGUUUCUGAAUUAGGAGAUAAAACAUUUUUCAUUGCUGCUAUUAUGGCAAUGAAACAUCCUAGGUUGACUGUUUUUAUUGGAGCUAUUAGUGCUCUUGCUCUUAUGACAUUGCUUUCAGUAAUAUUUGGAUAUGCAGCAACCAUAAUACCACGUGUAUACACAUACUAUAUUUCAACCAUACUUUUUGCUUUAUUCGGAUUAAAAAUGUUGAGGGAUGGAUAUUAUAUGUCACCGACAGGAGCACAAGAAGAACUUGAGGAAGUUCAAUCAGAUUUACGUAAACGAGAAGAUGAGUAUGAAAAAGAUAAAUCGACUACGUUAAUCCAAGAUCCAGAAAGUGGUAUUAUAAGAAAAACUGUUAAACGUUCAGCACUGAUGUUACUUUCUCGAAUAUUUUUACAAGCAUUUACUCUCACUUUUUUGGCUGAAUGGGGUGAUCGUUCACAGCUAACGACAAUCAUACUUGCAGCAAGAGAGGAUGUUUAUGGAGUCGUAUUUGGUGGAAUUCUUGGUCAUUCGUUUUGUACAGGUUUAGCUGUAUUAGGUGGACGUAUAAUUGCACAAAAAAUAUCUGUGCGAACAGUGACCAUUAUUGGAGGAUUGGUAUUCCUACUUUUUGCCCUAACAGCACUAUUUAUCAACCCGACAGAAACUACAUGAACAAAUUUAUAAUAGUAUUCAAUCCGAUGGGAUUAAUUAAACUCUUUGUGCUAUAAUGUGUGAAUAUGUAUUAUAUACUUACGUAAUGUUUACAAAUCAUAGUAUUA